GGACUGAGAUUGGGACGGGAACUGAGACCAAGAUGAGGAGAAGGAGGAAGAUCCACUCAUCUGCCUUCAGAGGGAGAGGUCGGCUGCGUCUGUCAAUCACUGCAGAGGCGGGACAUCUCUCCGUGCACAUCCACGAGGCCAGGGGGCUGAUGGGAAAAUCCCUCAGAUCAUGUGACUCAUAUGUGAAGCUCAACUCUCACCUUCAUCACAGUGUCAGGAUGAAAACUCAGACGGUUCCUGACAACAAGAACCCAGAAUACAACAAGAUCUUCACACUGUGCACCAGGGACCUCCUCCUCAGCAGGUUGCUGGUCUCCGUGUUCAGGGAGCGAGCUGGCAGCAGGUGCGGUCAGCUGAUUGGCUGCAUGAGCUUCGGGGUGGACUCCCUCGUCUCACCUGCACAGAGGCUCACUGGUUGGUUUUAUCUGCUGGGGGAGGAGUAUGGCUGGAGCAAACACCUGAGAGUACCAUCAGAGGGCUGCAGGAAGAAGAUGAUCUCCACUGUGGAGGCGGGGAGCAGACCGGCAACCGGCUCCAUGGAGAAGCCGAGGGAGGCAGCGUUGGGAGCAGACCUCAGAAAGACCCCAGACCCAGCUCCGGAUACAGACCUGAACCGUCUCACCACGGCUUCCCAACAGUCCGACUGCUCCACCUCCGCUGGACCCAAAGUCUCCAACCAACGCAGCCGGGCCCCCAAUCAACCCCUCAGCCACGACUCGGCCAGCCCCAGCAGCGGGUCAACAUCCCAGCCGGAUGCAAGUGACCGGCACCAGGAGGUCCGGGACCACAGAGGAACGCAGCAGCUGGCGGUCACCAUCAUCCGUGGGAAAGAUGGUUUUGGAUUCACAAUCUGCUCCGACUGUCCCGUCAGAGUCCAGGCAGUAGAUCCUGGCGGUCCGGCUCACCAGUCUGGACUCCGUCAGGGGGACUCUGUCCUGCAGCUCAACGGACUUUCUGUAGAAACCUGGAAGUGCGUCGACCUUGCACACACCAUCAGGGGCUGUCCAUCUCGGAUCAUUUUGGUGGUGUGGAGAGGAAUGCCAGAGAUCAGCUCAGGAUGUGAAGCUUUGCACCGCCCACAAACCCUCAGCACGACAACACACAGCAAGCUGCUGUCUCAUCCCACCCACGGCAAACAUGGGCGCAGGUGGGGUCAGGGCUCAGGAGUCCGGUCCAGUCUGGGAGCCCUGGGCUCUCUGUGGAGGGACAGGAAGGAGGAGCAGGACCAGGAGGAGGAGCAGGUGUACUCUCCUCCCACCACGCUGAAGGGCACCCGGGUGACAUCAUCAAACGGAGACAACUACAUCAUCCUUUCACCUGUAAAUCCAGGAGGACAGCUCCUGCAGCCAUCCUACCAUGACAAGAACGGGACCAUGGGUCGUCUGUACCAGACCCACCCCACCAGAGGGCAGAACCUGCUCCACAAUCCUCGCCCCCGGUCUACACAGCAGCCUUUCACUUCCACCCUGCCUCCUCCACCCAGCAAACCUUCAUCAUUGACCCCGCCUAACUACGGGGACUACCAGAACUGCACCAUAGUCCAGUCCCACCUGCCCCACUCUGGGUAUGGAACCUACAUGACCCUGGCACCCAAAACGCUCAUCUUCCCCAUCUUUGUCCAGCCUUUGGAUCUCUGCGGGAACGACAGAACUCUGCUCCUGUCAGAAGAAGUGAUUCUGCACCAGGCUGACAUGCUGCCUGCCAAGGUGACGGUGCUGAUUUACAGCGACCUGCUGCUGCUGACCAGAGAGGAUGAAGCCGGGGGCUGUCAUGUCCUGCAGAGUCCUCUGUACCUGAACGCAGCACAGAUCAGAGAAGUGCCGUCAGAACCGCUCCACAUCUACUUCCUGCAGAGCUCUCAGGGCUGCUGGCGCUGUGUCUUCAGCCUGGAGACUUUCAGUACCGAGCAGAAGGUCCGUGUCAGCCUCUGUCUCCAUGACAACAUACACCUGCAGCUGUUCGCCACCAGAACUGAACACCACCAGCAGCUCUCAGACCUCCCCUCAGACCUUCACCUCCUCUGUCUGGGUCAGUCGGACCUCCUCUGCCGUCCCUCCUCUCCGUUCUCCUCCCUCUGUGAUCCUGCCAGACCGGCCCCCUCUUCCCGCUACUCCCCUCUACUCUCCCCCACCCCCCCGGUUCCCCAGUUUUCCUCCUCCUGCAGCCCCUUCAGAAGUGUCCCCUCGCCCCCUUCCUCGUCCUCCUUCUCCUCUACUCUGAGGAGUCCCGUCUGGAAGGAGAGAGCCGCGGAGGAGGCCGAGGUGGAGAGGAGGAGGAAGAGGAGGCAGGAGGAAGAGGUGGAGGAGCGGCAGCAGGGGGAGGGCGAGAGCGCCUCGGAGACCUCGGAGAGCGUGGGAGGAGCUGGGGGGCGGGGGCUCCUGCUCAGCCCCCACCACCUCAGUGAGGCGGAGGAGGAGGAGGAGAGCGAUGAAGAGGAGGAGCUGUUCAGCCACAGACCUGCAGCUCUCCGUAGGUCGUUCUCUGAUGGUUCUCUGCUUCAGGAACCUCGAUCGCCCCGCUUCCUGUCUGACAGCACCAUCGACACCCUCACCCGCACCACCACCUACGACCUGGGGCUGGGACCCGGGCCCGCCCUGCCCUCCCCUCAGACUCUGAGGAAACAGCUGACCAGGGAGGGAGCAUCUCUGCAGCAGCUGCUGCUGCUGCUCAACGGCACCAAGGAUCAAGAUUCCCUGCACCAUCGGCUGAAUAAGAAGAAGAGUUUGGCUGCUGAUGUUCGAAGCCGCUUGGCGUUUCUGCGAAGACGGAAAAAUGGUACCGGUAUCCAUGGAAACAGCUUGGAGAAAGCUCUGAGAAACAACAGACCAAGUCGGGCUGAGGUGAUGAGGUGGGGAGAAAGUCUGGAGGCUCUGCUAACCAAUCAGUAUGGGCUGGCGGUGUUUCGUCACUUCCUAAGGUCCGAGUUCAGCGAGGAGAACCUUGACUUCUGGUUGGCGGCGGAGAGAUUUAAGAAGACCCCUCCCUACAACAAGAUGGUGCUGAGAGCAAUGAAGAUCUACGAUGAGUUUAUUUCCACAAAAGCAGCCAGACAGGUUAACGUGGACUCAUCCGUCCGGGAUUUGACCGGUCAGAGUCUGCAUCUCGGUGUGACUCCCACCUCCUUCCAGCUGGCCCAGGACCAGAUCUUCAGCCUGAUGGAGACUGACAGCUAUCCACGGUUCCUCAAGUCCCGCCUCUAUGCCCAGCUGGCCAAUUGUAACUCAGAGAUGGGGCCGGCCAGUCAGAGCAGAUCUGCCAGCGACUCGUGAGCGCAGGAGAAGAGCGCUAAUUGGUGGACAGACCAAUCAGAACCAUCUAAGGGUUUCUGAUUGGCUGGAAACCAACCAAUGAAAGACUCAUCUACACAGCUGAAUCAUGGGAAAUGUUAGUUCUAGUGCUAUUAACUAAUACCAAUGAUGCACAGCUCAGAUUCAGAUAGUUUCUAUUUAAAUGUGUCUCUAACAAAAGCUUUAUUCUACGUAUUUUCUUAAGCUCUCAAAAUGACAUAAAAAUGAUUUAUAUAGUCAAAUAAAAUUUGUAUCUUUGUC